AUGUGGGUCCUGAUGUACGUGUGUGCUAUUGUGCUGGGGACGGUGAGCGAAGCCGCCAGUGAUAGUGAUGGAGUCAGUGAUAGUGAAUCAAUAGGUUUUCGCAAAUGCUGCCCGAGGCAUCAGAGCCUCGUCAAGGUGAUAACGGUAGACACUGAACAGUUCGACUGCAUGAGCCGAAAUAACAUACAGAAUGCUUAUAACAUCUCUUACUCCCCGUUGGUGAUAAGCGAUAAUGUUCUUGUUCAACACGGCUUGCCGAUGUCCUGUGAUGGCUUGAAAGAAAUCGGGGGACAAUUAGUGCGAGGUGAAUGGUGUAUCGAUGAAGAAUACGGCACCACGGGGAUGAUUGCCAAAGUUUGCACUCGAAACUGCGAAGCUUUCAACGCAUUCUGUGUCCGUAAAUGCUGCCCCGAAGGAUAUCAUUAUAAAGUGCGAAGAUGCAGCAGUUUGGUCAGCACUUGCACACCUAAUGUGGACGAACAUAAUUUCUUCAACUCUACGAAUUAUUUGGCACCACUGAAAAGUGAUUAUAAAGGUUUAACAGAUAUAAUGGGUCUUCGAACAAAACUAGAUUGCCCAGAAGGUCGAUUUGUGCUCAACGUAUCGGACCCCCGUGAUCGACACCGAUUGACACCAGAGGGUUGGCUAGAAUCGUCCAUUUCCAUCACGAAUGACUAUUGCCUGGAAAUGUUUGAUCGACGGCACUGUCCCCAGAAUGAUGUACUCGUUAGUGCUGUACUCUGCUUCAUUGGAGAGGUGAAGAUAAAGGACUUUAGAGUUGCUUUUGUGAUUAACAGUAUAUCCAGCGUUUGCUUAGCGUUGACAUUGAUCGUUUACUGUUCAAUACCUGAGCUGAGGAACCUGCAUGGUCGCACUCUGAUUUGUCAUGUGAGCAUGAUGCUGCUCGCGUACUCAUGUCUCGCAAGGGUCCAGUAUAAUCAAGUAGUGGAUAACCGUAUGUGUAAAUUGCUAGGGUACGGUAUCUAUUUCGGCUUUGUGGCGGCGUUUGCUUGGCUCAACGUCAUGUGCUUCGACAUAUGGUGGACAUUUGGGAGUGUACGAAAUGUUCAACCGCUAAGGAAAAGCAAUUCGGAGCGACGUCGCUUCAUUUGGUACUCCCUUUACGCUUGGAGUAUCGCAGUGCUACUUACUCUGAUGAUGUUCCUCUUAGACAAAUACCCAGUCUCUAUCCGUCUUGAUGCCAACAUCGGCAAUGGCGCCUGCUGGUUUGGAUCACUUCAAAAUGUGGAGUCAGAUUAUCCGCAUUACAUAUUCUUCGUAAUACCGAUGGGUGUGGUCACGGGUACCAAUUUUGUCUUGUGGAUACUAACGGCUAGACAUUGUGCGCGUGUCAAGUCUGAAGUCCACCGAUUACAAGCUGGCUCCGUAGGCGAUCGUGCGAAAAGACGUUUUCGUAUAGACAGAGCGAAAUACGUGCUAACUGGCAAACUGUGGGUGGUGAUGGGUGCCGGCUGGGUUUCGGAGCUGCUCUCUACCCUCGUGACACAUCCUCUGUGGUUGUGGACCAUAGUAGAUUUAUUUAAUGAACUCCAAGGCGUAUUUAUCUUCCUGAUUCUAGUCGUCAAGCCUAAACUCUACUACUUGAUCAAAAAACGAUUAGGUUGCUCUCGGUCCCCGAUUGACACAAGGCUGGAGAAACCGGACGCGCGGAAAAACGGCGCAACUUCCUCCGCCCGCACCUCAUCUACGUUCCUGUCGAGGACAAUUAGCUCUGAUGAACGCGCUAAUUUACGGACGUCCUUGCCCAAUAACCAUAAGCACUCC